AUACAUAGUAUUAGUAUAAAACAAGAAGACCAAUCAUCCGAUUCAAAAUUAUCUAUAUUACAAUUCUGUAUUCCGUCUAAUGAAAACCAAAAUAUAGAAAUUAUAGCCAAACCUAUAGUAGAAACAAAAGUCAGACCAGAAAUUAAAAAAGAAAUUUUGAUUAAAGAAGAACUAGACACUUUAGAUUACAGAGUUCUCGAAUCUCUUGAAAAAGACAAAGAAA